UUGCCCAAUUUUUUUCUCCUCUUCGUUGCCUUCAUCCUCUCCUUUAGUCGGAACAUCCUCGAGGUACGAUUUCCUGCCCAACCCGGCGGUGGAACCGAACAUGCGGAGAGCCAUGGCCGCUCUCUCUCCCUUCUUGCUCUCCCUCCCAAAACCAAAUCUUUAUCUCAAACGACCCCCUCUCUUCGCUCCUUCUUCUUCUUCUUCUUCUCUUCGACUUCUCUCCAUAUCUCGUCCGACUUCCACGAGGCCUCUGACAACUAGCUCUUCUUCUUCUCCGGCGCUCUCGUCGCCACCCCCUUGUCCACCUCCUCUGUUCCCCUCGAUCUCCUCUAAUGCCGUUCAUCUCGAGCCCUACCUCGGUUGCUCCAUGCCGGGGAGGCACCUCAAGGUCGCUGUUCUUCUCAGCGGCGGCGUCGACAGCAGCGUCGCCCUCCGCCUCCUCCACGCCGCUGGCCACGACUGUACGGCUUUCUACCUCAAGAUUUGGUUUCAGGAAGAUUUUGAGAACUUUUGGUCUGAAUGCCCUUGGGAUGAAGAUUUGAAGUAUGCAAGAGCUGUAUGUGAUCAGGUUGAUGUGCCUUUGGAGGUUGUUCAUUUAUCAGAUGAAUAUUGGAAAAAUGUGGUAUCUCACAUUAUUAGUGAAUAUCGUAGUGGCCGCACUCCAAAUCCUGAUGUUCUUUGUAAUACAAGAAUCAAAUUUGGUGCUUUUCUAGAAGCCAUUGGAAGUAUGGAGUUUGAUUAUGUUGCUUCAGGACAUUAUGCAUAUGUUAUUCACUCAUCAUCAGAACAAAGAGAUGGGCCUUCUAUCCUAAAAUUAUCAAAAGACAUGGUGAAGGAUCAAACCUAUUUUCUCUCUCAUUUAUCACAGUUUCAGCUUAGGAGGCUUCUUUUUCCUCUUGGUUGUAUACCAAAGGACGAAGUGCGUUGGCUCGCUAGUUUAAUGGAUCUUCCAAACAAAGAUAGGAAAGACUCUCAAGGAAUAUGUUUCCUUGGAAAGGUUAAGUUCAGUGAGUUUGUUGCAAAGCAUAUAGGGGAGAUGGAGGGUAUACUUUUAGAAGCUGAGACCGGAGAUUACCUUGGAAAACACCAGGGCUUUUGGUUCUAUACUAUCGGUCAGCGUCAAGGUCUGCGCCUUCCUGGAGGACCCUGGUAUGUUGUUGAAAAGGACGUGCAGAACAAUGUUGUUUUUGUAUCAAGAAACUACUUUUCACUGGAUAAAAGGAGGCGCACAUUUUGUGUUGGAUCAUUAAAUUGGUUUAGUGGUUCACCUCCUUCGAAUAAUGAGCUACUGCAGUGCAAGGUUCGACAUGGUCCUGGCUUUUAUGACUGUAGCAUUGCAGAAUGGUCUAGCAAAAAUGGUCAGGAAGAUGUUAUAGAGGUGCAUAUAUCUGAAGAUGACCAGGGUUUGGCUGCAGGGCAGUUUGCAGCAUUCUACUGCAACGAUAUCUGCUUAGGAUCUGGUGUGAUUUUGGAUUCCUGGGAUGACAAGAGCUUUUGCAUUUCCACAAAGGCCUUGGAGAUUGCAAAAAUGGAGGACAAGUCGAAACUUGGAAAACCAGUUAAGAUAAAGAACCUAGAAAUAUGUUAAAAGUGAUGAAAAAUUCUGGUGCUUCAUGGACAUUCUGAGCAUCCUAAGCAUAUCACUGCAGCUGAGACUCAGCAACAGGGAAGAUCUUUAGACUCCCCAGAUGAUUGAUGGAGGAUUUUUAUGUAUUAUUACAUGUUGCUGUUCUGAAAUGCUGUGAUGGUGGGGCUGAAAUCAAUUAUGGAUGUUUUUGAAGCUGUGGUGAUGCAUCAGAGGAAAUGGUUCGAAGAUUUUGAAUGUUUAUUGUUUUCAUGGUUUCAUGCUCCAUACCUGCCUCCCCAUCAAGUUUUUUGGGAUAACUGAGAACCCAUCCGGAAUAUCGCAAGAUCCCCAUACACUGAAGCAAAUGAGUGACCUAGCUGCUGAUCUUACCAGCAACUUCCAACCUCAUACAGAAUGGUGAACAAGAAUUAGUUACACUGAACUUAAACAGGCUCUUGGUACCUGGUAGAAAUGUUUGGUUUAUAAUCAUUGGAUGCCAUUUUUAUAAUUACUGGAUGCCAUCAUAUGGUCUUGUGUAGUUGUGUAUAAUUUAGGGUAAAUUAUUAUUAAAAAGCGCUAAUGCUGCUCCUUUUAUA